GGACGCAGACAGCGGUUUUAAAAUGCAGCGCCUGGAUUGGUGGACGAUUGCGCAGCGUCCGGAGUUUGAAUGCGAGAGGCGGCUCCUGUGAACCUCCAGCGGGACGCUGUGAACGCCGUGUCCGCCCGCGCUGCAGAGAUGGAGAGCCGCAGAACACGCAGGAAGUCCGCGGAUAAAAGGAAGAGUAUAUUUAAAGAGCCAUGCUGGGUCCGGGAGCCAGACUUUUCCCAAGGGCCAUUAGUAAAAAGGCCAUGCAGAGAGAGGAGGGAAUGCACUGGGCAUUUAGAGGGCUCAGAGAGGAAAUCUUCAGCAAGAGAUGUUCAACACAGGAGGGUGCUAGGUCCCUCUCAACUCUCAAAUUUUUGUCCAGGUAAUCAAGAGAACAGUGAGUCGAAGAUGACGGUGCUUCACAGAAGUCCAGGAUCACAAGUUAAAAUAGCAGCAGUGGUUAAAACCUCCUUGACAACCUGCAUUACUCCAAAACCUGCCCCUAGAAGAAAAAGGAAGAUUCACCCGUCUGGGUUUAGGGGGAGAGGUCAGUUAAAAUUGACUGUAACUCCAGUAAAUGGCCUGCUUCAUGUUCAUAUUCUGGAAGCCAGGGGUCUGCUGGGACGGGAGUGCAGGCCGUGUGACUCAUACGUCAAGGUGACUUUAGUUCCAGAUGUUGACCACAGCAGAAGGCAGAAGACAAGGACUGUCAUCAACUGCAAGUGUCCUGUCUUUAAUGAGUCCUUUGUGUUAGACUUAGGUGAGGACAAGCAACUGAAGAGACUGAUGGUGACCGCUUGGAAUCGUAGUCGGACAUCUAGCAGAAAGAGUGAGUUCCUGGGCUGUAUGAGUUUUGGUAUUAACUCCCUCAUCACUUCUGCAAAGGAGAUCAAGGGUUGGUAUUAUCUCCUGGGUGAGGAGUUGGGCAGGAACAAACAUCUGCGAGUAGCUGCACGACGCAUCAAGCAGUCUGAUGAAGCUGCUCUGACAAACCAUGGUGCUGGACCUGAUAUUCCAUCGCCAGAGGACAUGCAAUCAUUAACUGUUACCAUUUUAAGAGGAAAGGAUGGUUUUGGAUUCACUAUCUGCUCAGACUCCCCUGUGCGUGUACAGGCUGUGGACCCAGGUGGACCAGCUCACCAUGCUGGUUUGCAGCAGUUGGACACAGUGCUUCAGCUGAAUGGCCAACCAGUAGAGCACUGGAAGUGUGUGGACCUGGCACAUGCCAUCAGAAACUGCCGGAAUGAGAUCACUGUGGUGGUCUGGAGGACAAUGCCAGUCAUGAAGCCCUACUAUGAAGGCCUGAUCCAUAGGCCCUCAUAUAAAACCUCUGGCUUUGACCCUCUAUCUCCCGCCACCAAGAACCCAAAACAAGACACCACCUCUUCUUUCCCGACCAUCCAACCACAAAAUAUUACAACCUGUUUAUCCAGACACCGAUGGAACACUGGGAACACUUGGAGAAUUUAUCAGACUCACUCCUCGAGAGGCAUUCAGCAGAGCACAGCCUACCUCCAGGACACUGAAGUGAAAGCGCGAGCCACCUUACGCAGGUCUCUGAACAGCAAGACGGCCACAAUUCCACCCUCCUCAUAUAGACAGAGCUUUGCCAACUACCAGAACUGCACGCUCGUACAGUCACAUGUUCCGCACUCCAGUUAUGGCACUUAUGUCAGCCUGGCUCCCAAGAUUCUCAUCUUCCCUGUGUUUGUCCAGCCACUAGAUCUAUGCAGCCCGGAGAGAACGCUGCUGUUGUCUGAAGAGAUGAUCCUUCAUGACAGCACAAAAAUGGCACUUAAGAUCACGGUGUUCAUCUACACUGACCUAAUGCUGCUGACUAGAGAGGACGAACCUGGAAGAUGCAACGUGCUUCAGAGUCCUUUAUACCUUCAUCAGAUCCAAAUGCAAGAUGUUCCUGCAGACAAGCUGCGCCUGUAUAUCUCAUACAGAGUAGAGAGAACUGAAUGUCUGUUCAGUCUGGAGGCCUUUUCAGCUGAGCAGAAGAGACGAGUGUACCAAUGUCUGAGAGACAACAUCAACAAGCAGCUCACACAGAGAGAAAAAAUGGGUUCAGAUCAGAUGCUGGAGCCAAAGGCCAGCGAUCAGGCUGACUUGGGAUUGCUGGGCUUUGGAGCACACAGUGUUUCAGAGCCAUGUUCUCCAUCCCAACCCACCUGCCCCACUCUCAGUGGUCUAACCAGAGCGAGAACCAGCAUCCCCUCAGAGUAUGUUCCAUAUCCCAGUGAGUGUCUCCAACCUAUUCCUACACUGGGAGACACCUCUAAACCAGCACACAUAGAACCUGCUGCCAUCUGGAAGGAGAGAGUGAAGGAGCCAAAGCGAGGUGAACAGCAGCCAGAGUUUGAGAAGAGGGAACAGGGUGAAGGUGAAAGCGCCAGGCCUACAUCUUCAUCCUCCUCCUCAUCACCACUCAUCAUCCCGAAACUGUGCUUGGAUCGCUCCUUCAAUCCAGAUGCUCUCACAUCACCUUCCACUGAUGACGAUGACGAAGACCUUGAAGAGGAGGAAGAGGACAGCGAUGAAGGCUAUCUGAAGCGGAGGAGUCUGGUGGAGAUGUCACCUGGCAGGGGGCAGCAAAGUUCAAGGCUGUGCGUCCAACGAUCAUUGCACCGGCGCACGCACAGCGAGGGCAGCCUGCUCCAGGAACCACGCUCACCACGCUUCAUUUCCGACCAGGCCAUACACUGCAUGGAGAACAGCAGAGAGAUGCAACAGCGCUGGACUGUUCCCUCACCACAGACCCUGAGAAAAGAGCUCACAAAGAACCGAGGAUCUGUACAUCAGAUCUGCCUGCUCUUCACUGGUAGGAGGGUUUGUGGUGAGCCGAACUGUAAAUGUCAAAUCGGGAAGAGUGGCAUGAAAAAGAAGAAAUCGAAAAAUCUUGCAAAAGAUAUGAAGAAUCGCCUAACCUUUCUGCGGAAGAAGAACAAUGACAGACCCGGAAGCUAUCCAUCCAGCAAGCUUGAGAAAGUCCUCAAAUCAGAGAAGCCUUUUCCAGAAGAAGUUCUUAAAUGGGGAGAAUGUUUUGACCUGUUGCUCUCUCACAAAUAUGGACUCGCUGUGUUCCGCUCGUUCCUGCAGACAGAGUUCAGCGAGGAGAAUCUGGAUUUCUGGCUCGCUUGCGAGGACUACAGGAGGAUCAAAUCUCUCUCCAAGAUGACUUCAAGAGCUAAAAAGAUCUAUGAACAGUACAUCUCUAUUCAGGCAUCGAAAGAGGUUAAUCUGGACUCUUACACCAGAGAGCAGACCAGGGAGAACAUGGAGAGCAUUAGCGCUGACUGCUUUGACCUGGCUCAAAGCCGGAUAUUUGGACUCAUGGAGAAAGACCCAUACCCUCGCUUCCUCCGAUCCGACCUCUACCUGGAUUUAACCCACCAAAAGAGAGCACCACAACAGAGCUUUCUUAAACCUGCUGAUUCUGACUGCUGAGUCUUAAAACCUGUCUCCUGCAUAAAGGAGAUAUGCAGCGUUCAUAUCAAAUGGAUGUUAAACUGUAGACAGUGUUCUUUGGUCAGACUUUCCACCCUGUUUAUAGCACAGUCUGUGUUUAGUGCCGAUAUAGCUCCAGUAUGUACCAUUGAGGUAUAUUUUGAGUCAAUGCUGCCCCCUGUUGGAUGAUGCUGGUAAAAUAGUGACACAUGGACUUGGUCUAAAAUGGUGUCUGUGUGCAUAUAUAUAUGGCAGCAUCAAGAGGGUGAUAAGCACGUUGAGUAAUGAAUCAAAGAAGAAGAAGCGUGGUACUGAUUUGUUGCAAUCUGACUUUACCAGUUAGAAAAAAAAUGAAUAAGGCACAGAUAGGUGACAAAUAAAAGUCAAAACAUUUGGCUGUUAUGCUGUGAGAGGUAUUUUGCUAGCAUGAUUUGAGUCCAUUUUUCAAUGUGGACAAUACUAAUCAAUACAAAUUGAUUUUGACCGAUCACUUUUCCAAUAUGGCCAGACCCUAUUCACAAAGUGCAGAAAUAUUAAUGGACAAGGAACUCUUGGGUUUAUAAAAUAGAAAAAAGUGUGGAAACUGCAUUUAUUUUUCAAUAUACUCCCCUGCUACAGUUAUACACAUAUCCCAGCAUUUAAUUAUGGAAAGAUUUGGGAUAGAAGAUUUUCAGUAUUUCCAAACCAUUCUAGGACACCGUUAUCACAGAAAGAUUUGUCUCUUGUGCAAUUUCACGACAGCUUAUCCAUCCAUUAUCCAGGAUCAGGUGUUCCACGUGCUGAAUGUUCACAGGAAUGACUGCUGUGGGCUGGGAACCACAACGACCAGGAUUGUCACUGACCAUCUUUGAAACGUUUACACCAUUCCAAUGUCUUACUAAGCAUCUCAUCACCGUACUGUGCUUUAAGUCUUAUGUAGAUAUCUGCGGGUUUUACGUCUUUCGCUCACAAGAAACUUCAUCAUGCGCUGUUCCAUGCACGCACUGGACACCGUGCGUGCCAUCUUGAUUAACGUCUGCCAUCUUGAUUAACGGUCUCUGGACUGGCCCAUGACAUGUGCCACCUUUUAGUAAUAGGACACUCUAUACACUUAGUACUGCAUGUAGUACUGCGUGCUAGUGUCCAUUUUUAUUCCUGCAAAAUUUCAAGUCCCAGUUUGACUUGAACGCACCUCAUAGAUGAUUAUGCUAUGGUUUAUCAAACUCACCAGCUGAACAUCUUUGGAAGAUUUUAAAAUGAUGUAUUAGACAGCAUCAUUGUGGGUCCCUGGUGGUCUAGUGGUUAGGAUGUGGCGCUCUUACCGAUGCGGCCCGGGUUUGAUCCCCGGUUGGGGGAACCAACCCCAGCCACUCUUAGUACCGGUCUCAAGCCCGGAUAAAUGGAGAGGGUUGCUUUAGGAAGGGCAUCCAGCUUAAGACCAUGUGCCAAAUCAAACAUGCGGAGGAUCCGCUGGGGAGAAGCCGAAAGAAAGUUUUAUUAGACAACAUCAUCAAAACACUAACUGAGGCAAUAGAUUUAGGAACAAUGGGUGGUGUAAAUCUCUUCAGUAAGAGACUUGUGGAAUUGGUGCUUUCGAGCUGGUCUGGCUGCUCAUGUUGGCGCUAACACUAUAAUAAGACACGUCAAUGUUUUUUUUUUUAUUUGUCACCUGCCUGUACUUCAAGAGGUUCUGAACAACAGAAGCACUAAACACCAUCAUACAUAAUUCCAGUGAUUAAAAUGGCAUUUCAGGGAUUUUCAGUACAGAAAAUUUACUGAACUUCAACAGCAAAAACUAAACCUGAGCUUAAGAGUCUGUAGGAAUUCUAACAUGUCAGAGUGAUUUUCUUCAAUUUUAUGCCAAUAAAGUUGUAAAGGAAAGCAGGUGAACUUGCUGCGGGCAUGUCUUAACAUUCAUACCGCCUUAUGUGGGUAUUCCAAUAGAUACCAGUGGAUUUGAAACGCCAGAUGCCUGAAUUUCUUUCAUUUGAAAAUAUCAAAAGCUGUUUAAAAGGUUUGACCUUUUUUCAAUUUGAUUAUAAUAAAAAUAGUCAUCCAACCA